UUUGUUUUUUCAAAUCUAAAGUCUUUGGAUUUGAUAAUCACUUCAGAAAAUGAUUGCGAUACAUUUUUGCACAUAAACUUCGUCUCUAAUCCGUAAGCUCUCUCGUCUGUGCUCUCACACUCGUGGCUAGGUGAGCGAGAGAUGGAGAGGCAAAGGAGUUUCUCGUUGAAAUCUACGAGAAUCUUGGCAUUAAUCAUCGCAAUUUCCUCCGCCAUUGUCGUUCUAGCUGUCUUCUCCAUAUGCUUCUCCAAAUCUAACCCUUUGCUUUACGCGAGCGCCACCGGCUUUCAGUUCAACGAGACGUCGCUCCAUAACCUAUCUUGCUCCGUCUCCGAUUCCUCGGCUUCCUCUCAGCAAGACCCGAUUUUAAUCUCGACCCGUUUCAAUACAUCCGAUAACAUUUCCGGGUUCGCUAUAUUUCCUGAUUUCGAGAAGAAGGUACGAGAGGAGGCUGUUGCUCAGAAAGAUGGUGUCGAUGAUAAUUUAACUUCUGUAGUUGAGGCGGAGACUGUGAUUGAACUUCCGAGCAAAGUUAGAGAGAAGAAAGCGAAGGGAAUAGAAGAGUGCGAUGUUACGAAAGGGAGGUGGGUCUAUGACGACAGCUACCCUCUCUACGCAAACGCGUCUUGCCCCUUCAUCGACGAAGGAUUCAGCUGCCAGAGCAACGGAAGAUUGGAUAGCGACUACAUGAAAUGGAGAUGGGAGCCACGAGAUUGUGAUAUUCCCAGGUUCAAUGCCACCAAAUUGCUGGAAAUGAUCAGAGGGAAAAGGCUAGUUUUCGUUGGAGAUUCGAUAAACAGAAACCAGUGGGAAUCCAUGCUUUGCAUGCUGUUUGCUGCUGUAAGAGACCCCAAGAAAGUGUACGAGACUCAUGGCCGGAGAAUCACCAAAGAGAAAGGGAAUUACAGCUUCCGGUUUGCGGAUUACAGAUGCACUGUCGAGUAUUACGUGACACAUUUCUUGGUUCGUGAGAGCAAAGCAAGAAUUGGACAGAAGAGGCGGCCUACUCUGAGAAUUGAUGGCAUUGACCGCAGCUCUUCGAGGUGGAGAGGGGCUGACGUAUUAGUGUUCAAUACAGCUCACUGGUGGUCUCACUACAAAACCAAAGCCGGGAUCAACUAUUACCAAGAAGGAAACCAAGUUCAUCCAAAGCUAGACGUAUCAACAGCUUUCAGAAGAGCUCUCGAGACUUGGUCAUCAUGGGUUGACAAACACAUCGACCCAAAGAAAACCCGCGUGUUCUUCAGAAGUGCAUCGCCUUCCCAUUUCAGGGGAGGAGAAUGGAAUUCGGGAGGGCAUUGCAGGGAGGCCACCAGGCCCUUCAAUGAAACAUCAAAACCCAGUUACUACAACUCAGACAAGAACUGGAUCGUCGAGGAAGUGACAAGGCAGAUGAAAACCCCGGUCACUGUCCUGAACGUUAGCAGUCUGUCUGAAUACAGAAUAGACGGCCAUCCUUCCAUAUACGGGACGAAACCCGAAAAUGGAGGCCAUGGAUCUGUUCAAGACUGCAGUCACUGGUGCCUUCCUGGCGUUCCAGAUACCUGGAACGAGUUGCUCUACUUCCAUUUGCUAAACAAAAGAUAGAACACUGUCCUGUCUGUCAUAUGUUACGUUGACUUCUUCGAGAAAAGUUUUCAAGGAAACUCGAUUCAACUGCGUACCUUAGAUAACCAAAAAAAAAAAGGGUAAAGGUUGAAUGAAUGACGUCUCUGCAUUUCAAAUCGUCCAAGCUAAAUUUACUGGCUCCAAAUGGCAAUAACGUGUAACAGAUUCAAUAUUGUACAUGAUGUCUCAUUUCCUCCUCUUUAUGUA